AUGUACGAGUUUCGGCAACAGACCGGCGCCGAUGGCGGCGCGUCAUCGACUCAUGUUCACAGCGCGCGCGGCUCGAGUGAUUCACCUGCUGCAGUUGGUCAUAGACGUACUACUUCGGCGACGGAGGAGAGGGAUGGUUCUUCGCAUCAUGAGUCCGCGGGACUAUCGGGUCGACAUCGUGAAGCAGAGGAGGAUGGGGAGGAGGAUGUGGACGACUGCUCGGCCGACCCGCCGGCUUUGGUCCACCCGUUGCUCAAGAGGAGUAACAAUGCCAGUGCCCAUGGCGCCGCAGCUUUGACCUCGAAUGGUGGGACCAAGAAGCCGUUUGAGAUCAAGACGGGGCAUCGCAGACCUUUGGAAAGGUCAUCGUCUAUACCGUCCAGUCUGAGCCAGUACAACACCACACACGACUCGUCUACUUCGGAGAACGACCCCGCUGUCGGAGGAGCUCAAACUCUGCCUCCCGCGCCGACUACGACCGUCUCAGUCAACGACCUCGAUGCCGAUCUUCGUCAGCUCGCCAUUCUUCAAACAUUACUCCAACGCCAACAGGCGAUCGUCCAAGCGAGCGUCGAAGCGGCGGCGGCGGCGAAGAGGUUGAAGAGGAAACUCGAAGACGAGGAGAAUGCUGCGUCGGCUCGGGGGGCUGCAAGGUCGGCGGCGACGGGCAGCGAGGGUGAGACAUCGUCGUCGACAAAUUCGUUGGGACGGUUCCAACCUCUUUCUUCGGCUCUUCAUGGCGUACAGCAUCAGCCACAGCAGCAGAGCUCGUCCGCCCUUAGAGACCCGUCCUCAUGGUUGGAAGGCCUCAACACGAUCCACGACUCUGCCCCCAACUCGAAUAGUGCCGCUGAACUCGCUCAAGCUCAACAGCAAUUGGAUCUCUGGGCAAAAGUCGCCUUCACGUCGCAUGUCGGAACACCCUUGCCUUCCAACAACAACGGGAGCGCGAGUCCGGCCCGAGCUCCUUCGGCAGCUCCCUUUCCAUUCCAUCGAUCGAGGUCGGGUGACGCGGGGGGAGAGGAGGAUCAAGAGAUCGAUGACGAGCGAGAUGGCAACCUAGGCCCCGAGUUUGAUUGGUCGAGCUUUUAUCCUUCCUUGCUGAUGGACUCACCUGGACGAGCGAAUGCGCCAACGACAUCGGCAUCGACGACUGUAGCUCCUUUCGUCGUGGGAGGGGUCGUGAACCCUGCUUCUUCGAUCGCGGCCGUUCUAGACGGCCGAGUCGGACUCACCACGACCUCCACACCUACCUCCUCCACCUCAUCCGAUUCAAAGGACCCCUUAGUCACUCGCCCAUCAACCGAAUCCCUCUCUCGACGAGCCAGUAUUUCCUCUCGUCAACGCAAGCGAUCCCCUUCCCCACCUUUGGUUGACCCUUCCCUCAUCGAUGAGUUGUUGCAGGAUGAAUAUCCUUUGCGUCCUCCUUUAACGGAAGGUACGCCGGAGGAGAUUGAGCAGGAUAAGAGGAGGCGAAAUACCGAAGCUUCUGGUAGGUUUUCAACCGUAUCUAAGACGUUCCUCGGGAGAAUGAUCUCCCUGACUCUCUUGAACCCCUUCAAUCAUCCUCGCAGCCCGCUUCCGAGCCCGCAAAAAGCAACGCGAUGCCGUAUUGUUACAAACUUCCGCACAAUUGAGGGCUCGAGCUCAGGCGUUGGAGAAGGAGAAGCUGGGUUUGGUCAAGGAGAACCAGUGGUUGAGGGAAUUGGCGCAGGCUGCUGGAGCUAGAGCGGGGACUGGAGUUGGGGCGGGAGGGGGGAGAAAGAGGGUUUGA